GACUUCCAAGCCUUACACCACGUGAAACCUCAAAUAGGAUGUAUUGUGUUUUUUGUCCUUUAAAAGCAAGGCACGCAGCUUUGUGUGCAUGGGUAUACAUUCAUUACAGAAUCCUGGGAAACAUUUAAUUCUAUAAAAUGCUAUUGGUUUAGGAUUGGAAGUAAUAAGAAAAGCUGUCGUAGGCUGCGGGAGACUGCUACGAGUGUCUGAGGAAACGAACAAGAACAGGUCUCAGGACUACAAUGACCAUUCAGUCUGCUAUCAACAAAGAGCUCUUCAUCCCUCGUGAUGAGCGCCUGUUAGUGGCAGUGGAGGUGCGUAGGAGGAAAAGGAAGAGAGUAUCUUUCCUGCCUACUGGAGCCAAAGGAGACUACGUCACAUUCAUCUGUGUUUCAGUGACCAACACAAGACCACACCAGCUCCUCAUUAUAAAGGUGAAGCAGUUUGGCUCCUCUUCCUUCACCCGAAGGUCCGAGUGGACGGUGGAGCAGCUCAGACAUGUCAAUGGUAUCAACCCUAACAAGGACAGCCCAGAGUUCGACUUAGUGUUUGACAAUGCUAUGGACCAGUGGGUGGCCAGCUCAUCAGCAGAGAAGUGCAUCUUUGUCCAAAUCCUGUACCACGCCUGUCAGACCUACUGGGAGGGCAAAGCAGGACGUCUGGGCAAGGUGGGCCACCAGGGACGAGCUAGUCAGUGUGCUCACCGCAAUGUUGGAUAUGGUCCCGGUGACUCCUCACCAGUCUCUGCAUCCAGACCCCUGCAGGUCCGACAGCAGAGCGACAUUCCUCCAAGAAAGACAGAGUUCGUCAACUGCCAAUCCAAACUAACAGGAGAUUCCUGCACCAUGAAUCUGGUCAUCUACCGCUGCAAAGCCUUCUUUAAUCGUAUGAGGAAUAUAAUGGUUGCACACCAAAAUCGUACACAAGUUCGAGGUCAGCCGGGGCCGGGUGACACAAGGAGCACUAUGGGUAAUGUAGUCCACAGGGUGAAUGUGCUUGUGGGGCAGCGUGGAGAGGGACUGACUCGUGCUGAGGACAAGACGGUGAAACUGAUGCACAAAGCUCAACAGUUCGCAGACAUUGUUCACAAGAUGGCCCUGAAGUAAUCAAUGUAGGGUGUGGUGGGGGACGAAUGGAAUUCUUCGGGUGUUAAAGAUGAAUCCCGUAACUUGGACACUAACACAUCUGAUGCAGGCUGAGUAGAUGCAGUUACCUUGUCAUGACAGUAUAUAACUACUGCAGCAGAAAGCAAAACACUCCUGUUCUUGUAAUCUUGAUCUCUCAAAGUUCAGAUUGAAUGUUUUUUCUUAGUCAGAUGAGCCACUGAACACCUUCCUGUGACAGUAAUUACAUUUUUUGACCUGUUAAUUAAAAAUUAAGACAUUAUUAGAAAGAUAACUUUUGUGUAAUGUAUGACAUGGUUUGGACAUCAUUGGAUUCAGUUGUACAAACCUUUAAUUUAAUGUUACUCACCAAUAAUAAUUUUGUGUUUGUGUCUACUGUAUGUGUGUGUGUGUUGUGUGUAUUGUUUAUAGAUAGUGCAGGGUUAGGGUUGAUUUGUCACUUUAUAUCUUGCCUACUGGUCUGUAUCUUUUUGAUCUGUCUUCUGGUCCAUGUCUUCUGAUCUGUGUCUUCUGGUCUGCGUCUUCUGGUCCGUGUUUUGAAUAACUAAGUUAUUGAAACAGUGUGUAUAGGAUUUGAGAUAUCAAAUUUUUGAGCUAAGCUAACCAAGCUUAGCUUUUGGCCCCAGUAUAAUGUGUGUGAUGUAUUAACUCAGUGACAAUGUUCCCACACCACUUUAAACCAAUUAAAUGAGCCUCGACACACAA